AUGCUUUUUGUAUUCAUCCUUGUAUUGGGAGGUAUUUUAUUUAACACGUGUGUAGUUGCCUUUGAAGAAGAUUCCGUGUUGGACGCAAAUUCUUUGGGGGUUUCUUGCUUUCCUGUAUUAAGUGAAUCAAAAGCUAGUAUUCAAGGUGGAAUUAAGAUAUUCUUGGAGGAUUUAGAGGUAGAGGAUGGGGUAGUACCAAGUGAUUUAAAAGUGCCAGUGUUACUAUUUCGUUAUGAAGAUAUUUUAAAUUUCACCACACUUCCCUCAUGGGAAGAAUAUCGUGAGGCAUAUGCGUCUAACUACAGCUCUAAAAAUUUGGACUUAGAAAGUUAUUUCUUAAAAAACUCGGUAGACUUUGAACAAAAUAAGUUUAUAUUAGAUUUGUAUGAAGGGUACAAUGAAAUUGAUGAAAAACGAAUUUAUAAUGGAUUUUUAGAUGCAUCAAAAGAGAAUGGUAAUAAUGAAGCACUACUACCCGUCUAUGAGUCUGGGAUGUAUUGCGUUUAUAUUGCACCUCCUAUUGACAAAAAUAUCAAGAUAAUGAGGGUACCUGUGGAAAUACAAUAUUCAAGAUUGUAUUCGAGUAACAUGAUGUAUGCCAAUUAUUCUAAGACAAAAUAUAUUAUUGGCUUUGGUCUAUUGUUAGCAGCAUACUUGAUACAUGAUGUUUUGAAAUUUAGUACGGAUAAGCGGUUGAAUAUUAAAAAUAUGCCUAUUAUUUCAAAGGUUGUUAUAUUUUAUGUUUUGAUGCCGCUAUUAGCAUUCGCUUCUCUUGAGUGGUUUGUAGUAUUUAUUGAACUUCACAGCAAUUUAAGUAAUCACAAAAAAAGCUGCUUUAAAUACUUCCGUCUAGCAAUGGAAUGGAUUCAACCUAAUUGGAAGAUCUUAUUCAGGUUUUAUGCUUUACUAUUCACUAUGGGGUACGGAGUAAUUUAUUAUCAUAGAGGCGCUUCUCGAACAUUCAGAAAAAUGCCAAAGAGAACUAAGAAUGUGGCAUGGACACUUUUUAUUACAGAUUUAACUUUGAAUAAUACGGAACACGUAUAUUAUUCAAUUGAGAAAUAUUUGAUGACAUGCAAUACUUUGGCAUUAUAUAAAGAUACGAUGGAAUCCAUAUGUACCAUAUGUUUUUUUGGUUCGUUCGUAUUUCCUUUCGUCUUAUAUUUUGUAUCAUUUAUCUAUUAUUUCAAGACAAGGAAUAUUAUUAAGAAACUACCACCCACUUCUACCGUGAGCGAGGGAAUUGAUGUUAAUACCAGAAUAAUGAAAGCGUUUAAACAAUCUGGUUUUCUCAUUCUUAUUUCGCCGUCCAUAUCCGGGUUGGCAUGGGUCAUAGCGUAUGGACGCGUGGCAAUUGAAGCUUACUACUCGAUGAUGUAUGAUAUGAUGUUAGACUCGGAACCAACAAGCAAGGUACCGUCAAGAGAAUCACUCAUGUUGCUGGUAAGGUGGUUGAAUUAUAUGCUUCUCUUUACUGAAGAUACAACCAUGUCGUUGAUUCAAUCAUGGCCUCUGGCGAUCAAGAUAUAUCUAACUAUCACCUUAUUAUAUGUGAUUUGGAUCCGAAAUAACAAUGUAUUAGUCGUUGAAGAUGAAAAGGGGGACUUCAACGAGUGA